AUGGAUCUGAUGACAAUAUUUGCUGCAAUAGCUGAGGCGGCAUGGAUAGUAAAAGCAUCAAUUAGGUAUCCUAUGAUUGCGGAAAAGAAGAGAACAUUGCCCAUACCAAUAAAAGCGGAGCCUAUUAUUGGCACAAUCCAGUGCAUGUGCAGCCGGGCACUCCAACCAUACCACAAAAAGCCAGUACCCAACAGGGGACAGGCAGCCAACACAGGAACGAGUCGAUCCUCGGGCUUGAGGGUACCUUUCCUGAGACGCGACCGAAUCAGACGAUCACUAGUCAGAGUAAAACAGGUCAGGCCGACAACAUUUCCCAGCCCGAAUCCGAUAAAGGCAAUUCCAACCUGGCUAGGACUAAAUCCGUACUCGACCGUAAAGAUAGUCGGAAAGGUCGCAAGGAGAAGAAAAAGGGCGCCGUUGAAGUAUGCCGACACAAGCGAGAUGAUUAA